AUGGACGGCAUUGAGUCUAUGUCCCCAUUAACAGCCCACGGUUACCAAGGGAACUCCGAGGAAGUGGGUUGCUAUGUGGCCGGCCGUCCUUUAUCAAAGGGAAAUUGCUACUUUGAGGUAACCAUAGUGGACACAGGAGUAAGGGGAACCAUUGCUGUGGGCUUAGUGCCUAAAUUCUACAGGCUGGACCACCAGCCUGGCUGGCUGCCGUAUUCUGUAGCUUACCAUGCUGACAACGGCAAGUUGUAUAAUGGCAACCCUGUUGGAAAGCAGUUUGGCCCAAAAUGUGCUCGCGGCGACCGCAUCGGCUGUGGCAUCCACUCAGAAAAUACAGAAGCUGGUCUUACUACUGUUUUCUUCACCAAGAAUGGCAGAGAGGUGGGUUCAGUCGAGGUUCCAGUGUCUUCAGAGGGCCUUUUCCCCGCUGUAGGCAUGCACUCCAUGGGAGAGGAGGUGAAGGUUGACCUGCAGGCGGAGUGGCUCUUAGAGGAGGAUGAUACUAUGAUGAUGGUUGACAGCCAUGAAGACGACUGGGGACGGCUUAAUGACGUCAGAGUCAGCGGAACGCUUCUGGAAUAUGUUGGCAAAGGAAAGAGCAUCAUGGACGUUGGUUUGGCCCAGGCCCGCCAGCCGCUCACCACGCGCUGCCACUACUAUGAGGUGGAAAUAGUCGAUGCUGGGGAGAAGUGCUACAUUGCCCUGGGCUUGGCACGUAGGGACUAUCCCAAGAACAGACACCCUGGGUGGAGCCGAGGGUCCGUUGCCUAUCAUGCAGAUGAUGGGAAGAUCUUCCAUGGCAGCGGAGUUGGAGAUGCUUUUGGCCCCCGCUGCUUCAAAGGGGACAUCAUGGGCUGCGGCAUCAUGUUCCCACGGGACUACAGCCUGGAUAGAGAAGGUUCAGCUGAUGUGGAGGACUGGGAUCGACUGGAGGGCCAUCCCAGUCAACAGGGCAUCCAGAAUGUUCUGUAUCUUAACGGUGAAGAGGAGGAAGAGGAUGACGAGGAAGGGGAAGAGAUCCCUCAGGAACAGCAGGGGAGGAAGGUGACGGUGUUUUUCACCAGGAACGGGAAACUCAUGGGCCGACGGGAGAUGGCAGUCCCCCCUGGAGGUCUCUACCCCACAGUAGGGAUGCUGAGCAGCGGCGAAAAAGUAAAGGUGGACCUGCAUCCUCUGAGCGGAUGAGGUUAGAGAGCGCAGGCCGGAGGACGCACCAUUCAGCUGCAUGCACGCACAUCCUACUCUGCACUGCACCGGAUUUCAUUUAUAAAACUAUUCAUGGCAGUAAUAACAGACCAGCAGUUCUGCAGCUGUACAGUGUCAGAGCAAGCUGCAGGCAGCAGGAGACUUCAAACGGUUAAUUCUAUGCAAUCUGCACUGCUAUCAUCCUCUAAUGUGUCCCUCUGCAUGCACUUUGUCUUCCCUCAUGAGGUCCGGCACGUUGCUUUAUUUUCACUUGUCUAGACCCCAAGCUAAGCAGAGAGGCCAGCGUUUGUUUCAGGGAGGACCUCCUCCCUGCUUCCCGGUCCUCCCUCUGGGCGAGGCUGCCCUCCUCUGAGCGGCCGGGGACCUCACACACCGCUCUCCUAGAGCCGGCUGGGAGUCAGCCGUGGGGCUCCUUUGUUUCUCCAGAAAGGCAGCCUCUUGCAACAUUUUCCCCAGAUCAUUAUUUAGAAAUAAACAGGUAUUUGAAGCGUCUGCUGAGCAGUAUCGUGUCACAUAUCUUGCAAAGCUUAAUUUAAAGAGACAAAAAAAGGGUUUUAGAUACAUGUUCUUAUUGUUUUUACAACUCAUCGUUCAAAAGAGGAUAUUUAAAUUAAUGAAUCCUGUUCAGGGAAUAUGUGUGUAUUUUAGGACUUUGUGAAGUUGAAAUACAGAAACUUGGGCUUUAUAUUCUGGAUCCAAAUUGUGAGCAAGGACAGAAAUUCUAAGAUCCAGUCCAACAUUAAGGUAUUCCUUUAUGCAACUAACAAAAAUAGAAAAGAAAAAACUUGAAAGUCAAAAAGUAAAAGUUUACAGUUCUCUUUAAUGUUUGGAAAGAAGCAAAAAGUGAAGUAAACCAACUUAAAAUAAACAUGUAGUUUUUCUUCCUGAAAGUUUCAAUCAGUCUGCCCAAACAUCCUGCAUCCAUUCUCGUUCUGCAGAGACCUCGUUACGAACCAAUGAACUCAUUCUGGUGCGUUCCAGAAGGGAUGCAUCUAAACGUUCCAGCCUGGCAGCACUAUGGCUUCGUAUCACAAAGUUCAGGUUCUCCCUUUAGUUCAUUUCUAGCAAUUUUAUGGAUUAAAUUCUUCCAGUCUGAUAUUUGACUCAUCAGAUCCAGUAUCAGACCAGUACUGGUGUCUUUUAAGCAUCGGGUGUCAGACGGAGAGCACCAACUGUGGUUCUCUGAUGCCGCAAAGCUCCAGAAUUUAGCACAAAAAGUAAGAAACAUUGUGACAUCUCAAAUCGUUAGAAAUUGUUUAUUUCCGAAUAAUUUGUGGAGUUCAACAGAGAGAAGACUGGAAAAAAAUCAUUUUUUAUUUAUAUUUUCAUUCUUAAAUGACACGUCACGUUAAAUUGAGUCCCGAACCUGCCAGAGGGACAAAUCAUUUCAGGUUUAACAUCCCAAAAAAAACAAACAAAUCCACUAGAGCAGUGAUAAAUAAAAACCAGUGAAAUAUUUGAGCUGGUAGGACUGUAUUAAACUCAGCUGAACUGCGUGAGCGUCAUGAGGUGAACUGAGGACAUUUAACAGAGGAGCCAACUCUGCCGACUCGAUUACUUCAGACGGCUUCAUCCAAAGUUCAGCGACUGUGACCACAGAUGCUCCACGGCCUCGGGCCUCCGGUCGUGUCUCUGAUACAAAUGAUGCUGCUGCUGCAGGAGGACAUCAACCCUCACUGUAAUUGAUGAUGGAGCAUAGAUUCAGCCCUGCAUCGUUCUGAGUGGGAAGAGCGACCCAUAGUCUGGUGAUUGUUCAAUGAUAACAGAAGGUUGGUUACCAGCUGCGUUUUAUGCUGCUGGGUGAACUGAGUUGAUCUGAAAGUUGUGAUGCAGACAAGAAAAAAAUGUUUAAGGAGAAAUACUCAUCGGUUUGUUGGAGCUGGUUUCCAUGUAACUGAAAAGGAUCUAUUUCAAUGAAUAAAAUCCCACAUAAAAUACUUUGCAAAGGUUCUUCACAAACUUUAACAGAUUUUUUUUUUAAGAAAUACCAACAGUUUACUGAAUAAUAAUAUUUUUGUUUUAAAGAAGUGAAAAUCUGAAACUUGUGGUUGCAUUUGUGUCUCACCUCAUUCAGAACUUCUCCAAAUCAGUCAUUUUUCAUCCCCCUGCUCUGCAUUUUUUAGACCCCAGUUCAACACACCUGCUUCAAGGACAGAACAGAACAUACCGAACCCGAUUCUGCAUCCGAUCAGACUGAAAAUCGCGUCGGACGAGGUCGUGGCAUUUAGUUCCUUAUUGAGAGUCAAUGAGUAUGAUCACACCCGACAUGAUUUUCUGCAAGGAGGCUUGCGUAGCUCUGACUUUGAUAGACCCCAGGUCUGUUUUAGUCAGACUACGCAGCGAUUGAGCGGUAAUUUUAGUCUGACUGGAAGAGAGACGAGGUUACAAAGUAAAACACAUCUGCUUUGGGGGAAAAUACAAAAUAAAAUCUGUUCAUUGCAAAGGGAAAGAUAUGGCAAGCGGGACACUCCUGCAAAAGCAAUGAAUGAAACAUUAAAAAUAGAAUACUUCACUCAUGAUAGGAAUUCAGGAGGACAGAAAACGGAUAAAGUAGUGAACCUUUUUGAGCCCUGCAAAAAACAGGGACAGAAAGCACAGUUUAUCCAUCUCCUCGAAAAAAAUAAAAAAAAUGAAUUCAGGAGGACAAAAAAUGGAUAUAGUAAAAUAGUGAUCCUCUUUAAGCAUCACCAAAAACAAAAUAAUGAGGGGGAGACAGGGCAGUAAGCGAAGCUCUUCACUCUCCCCUUUUAAUGGAAAAAAAACUUUGAUAAACUUCCAAGAUCGGUCUCUGAGAAUCCUGCCUCAGUCAACAUAUAAUUUUUCGUUUCUUUAGACGUGGUUCUCAUUAUGUUUUUAACAUAGACCUAUAAAAAUUCUCUGUCUGUUCUGGUUAGAGAUGCUGCACAGACUCAUUAAGUGGGGAUUUGCUUUAUUCGUUAAUUUUUAAUAACUUUUCAUAAUCUAUCAAAGUCAAUUGUGGGAAAUCGUUUUCACAGAAGUGAAAAAAAAAAUCUGCCCAGAUCUGCCAGCCCUGCCUAGUCGGAGCCGCUCUACACGCAGUCAGUGUGACAUAGAAAAUAAUUGAUUCGGUGACUAAAAAGUCGUACAUAACCGUUUUGUUCAGGCCUUCAGAUGAUUGCUGCUCAGCAAGUGCCUCUUAAUCAGUCAUCAGCUGAAAGCAGGUCUGAUGAAGCAGGGAAACAUCUAGAACAUGCAGGGCUGUGUGCCUGGAGGACCAAGGUUGGAAAACACUGAUCUAAAUGGAGUCCAUCUGCUUGUAAUUAAUCUCUGUCUAAAUCCAGUUGUUCUGUUUCUGGCCUCAGAGGUUUGUUAGAAAACAUUAGGGAACAAACAGCAUCGUGAGGACCAGGGAACACGGCGGACCGUUAUGCUCUCCCCAUAAAUCUCAGCUCCAGGGAAGGAAGAAGAACGUCAUAAGCCGUCCGUCUUUGCAGAUCGCCGCAAGCGAUCAAAUUAGAGCAAAAUCUAACUCUGUGGUCUGCUUGUAAAACUGUUGGUUGGAAACACAGCAGAGGCUUUUCUCUCAUCAGGGACAGGAAGGAUGAGAAGAGGGAUGGAAAGAAAUCCGUCAGAAUGAGACCUAAAAGUGAGAGCGGCCGGUACUAGAACACAACAUUACUUAUUAUUUACCCUCUGAGUCAGACGUUUAAAAUAAGUCAAGCCCAUAACGAUAUAAACAACCUACUGACUGAGCUUGUGCUCUGAGAAGGUUGCAAGAACACUGUUUGAUCCCCACAGCCUCCACUCUGGGUUCCCUAAGCAAGGCCUUUAACCCCUGAUUGCUCCCUGGGUGCCCCACAAUGGCAGCCCACUGCUCCCCAAGGGGAUGGGUCAAAAUGCAGAGAACGAAUUCCCCCAUGGUGGGACAAUAAAGGGAAUUACAUUUACAUUUAAAUAAGUUAAUCAGAAACGUGGCCUUGCAUCAGAGGUUUCCAACCUAUUGGACACCUAUAUAUUAAUUGUCCUGUAGGGCCACAAACACAACAUUAAACAAUAAAAUGCAAAAUACAGUUUAUUUUUGUUUGUUCUCAUUUUGAUUUUACCUGCAAUUAUCUAUUCUAGAUGCAUACUACUUUUAAGGAUAAAGUUCUGAAUAACUUUUAUUGAAAAAUGAAGAACAAAGGCUUUAUUAAAGGCAAGAAACUAUGGAGGACCAACUCUGCCAUAUUUAAAAAUAAAUACAGAAAUAAAUAAAUGCUCAAUAAAAAGGGCAGGCAGAAGUAAAUAGCAGCGAAGAAAUAACUAGGGUAAAAAAAUACAAAGGAAGAAUAAAACAGACAAAAAUAUAACAUGCACAUAAAUAAAUACUUAAAAAUAAAAAUAAAGAAUAAAGUUGAAAAUU